GGUUCGUGGUCAAGGAGCGGCGCUUUGGAGCUCCUCAUUAGCGGCUUGUGGCCCCAAAUUCCCGACUGUCCUCCAGCUUAUCUCGACGGUUUAGAAUGCUCUCGCGCGUGUCUCGAGUGGCGCUCCGCAGCGCGGCUGCGCGCCGUACGUGUGCGAACAACAUGCGUCUGACCCAGGUGGCUUUUUUCUCGGAGGAGGCUGCUAAGGUGCCUGUCACCGCUGAGGAGGAGAUGGCUCUGAGCCCCAAGGUGCAGACUGUGCUGGACCAGAUCCUCGACCUCAACAUGGUCGAGAUUGCCGAACUCUCGCACGCUAUCCAGACCAAGUUCGGUAUCGCCGAGUCCGCGUUCCAGGUGGGCAUGGGCGGCGGUGCUGCUGGUGGCGCGGCUCCUGCUGCUGAGGAGGCCAAGGAAGAGAAGACCGCGUUCGAUGUGAAGCUGGCCAGCUUCGAUGCCAAGAGCAAGAUUAAGGUUAUCAAGGAGGUGCGUGCCAUUACCGGUCUGGGCCUGAAGGAGGCCAAGGAGCUCGUGGAGGGCGCCCCCAGUACAUUAAAGAAGGACGUGAAGAAGGAGGAUGCCGACGCACUCAUUGAGCAGCUCAAGGCGGUGGGCGCCGUCGUGGAACUGGAAUAGAGAUCGGAUUCGCUUCUGCAGCUAGGAUUAUCUCCUCGCAGUGCAAUUCCCAUUACAGAUAGCAGCGUGUUUGGUGUCGCUUUGUGUCGUUGCGCUAUAGGACUUAUCGUGCAUAAUGACUCCAUUGCAAUCCCCACAUACAAGUAUUUUUUGCCCUCAAA